AUGAUUCAAAAUCUUCUCAUUUGUGCAAUCGUUGCUGUUGGUGUGGUUUCCUGUGGCUACGGUUCUGUUGGUAACCCACAAUAUUCCAAUUAUGCAGUUAAUUACCAACAAUUCGGAUUUCCACCACACUUUGAUUAUGAUCAUGGUUAUGACCGUAGCAACAGACAUCACAGACUUUGCAAACCGAUCAAACCAUUCGAUUCAAUCAGCUCUGCCAACUACGAAUCAUUGCCAAAAGUGAGCUAUUAUUAUCAAGAAGGAAUCCAAAAAGUUCUCCUCGCCUGUGACAACAUCAAUAGUCAAGUUCAAUGGCUUGUUGCUGGUUCACCGAAUGCUAAUCCAACUGGAUCAACUGAUGCUAACAAAAAUUUGGCGAUUAUCUCGGUCUCAUCAAACAGUGGAAUUGUUCUUACCUGCAAUAGAAGAUCAAGAAAGUGGGUUUGGAAAAAAAGGUUUUCAAAAAAAUGAGUCCAUUUUUUUGCAGAUUCGAAGCCUACAACUACAUUUCGCAAAACACUGUUCCAGUCAAUUCCAUCAAAUGUGUUUCAGUUGACGAAGAUGACAUUCCUUCAGAGGUCACCAGUGUCUCAGGAAUUUUCCUCCAAUAA